UAAAACUCGUGAGUGUGCGGGUUUCACACCACGUGCAUGCAUAGAGGGCUUGGGACUUUAUUGAGAUAGAAAAAGUUCAGUGUCUUCUGUCACUGAGUGGUUGGAUCACUGUGAAGCAGCAAUGUCUUACCUUCCAACUCUCUUCAAAUAUGUGGAUGAGCACCAGGACCAAUAUGUUGAGCGCCUGGCACAAUGGGUUGCUGUACAGAGUGUGUCUGCCUGGCCAGAGAAACGAGGAGAAAUCAAGAAAAUGAUGGAGAUGGCAGCCAAAGACAUUGAGCGACUGGGGGGAACUGUUGAGUUGGUUGACAUAGGCAUGCAGAAGUUGCCAACUGGUGAGCAGAUCCCUCUGCCUCCAAUAGUUCUGGGCAGACUUGGCUCAGACCCAGGCAAGAAAACUGUGUGCAUCUACGGGCACUUGGAUGUUCAACCAGCCAACAUCGAGGAUGGCUGGGACACACCACCCUUCACACUGGUGGAGAAAGACGGUAAAAUGUAUGGACGAGGAUCUACUGAUGACAAAGGCCCUGUACUAGCCUGGUUCAACAUCAUUGAGGCCUAUCAGAAGAUUGGACAGGAACUGCCCAUCAAUAUAAAGUUCUGCUUUGAGGGAAUGGAGGAGUCUGGAUCAGAGGGAUUAGAUGAGUUGGUUUUCUCCCGCAAAGAUACUUUCUUUAAGGAUGUAGACUAUGUCUGCAUUUCUGAUAACUACUGGCUGGGGAAGACCAAGCCCUGCAUUACCUAUGGCCUGAGAGGAAUCUGCUACUUCUUUAUUGAGGUGGAAUGCUGUGAUAAAGAUCUUCACUCUGGAGUGUUCGGAGGAUCUGUUCAUGAAGCUAUGACUGACCUCAUAGCUCUGAUGGGCUCUUUGGUGGAUAACAAGGGGAAGAUUUUAAUCUCGGGGAUGUAUGAUGAUGUGGCUAAAUUGACUGAUGAUGAGAAAAAGCUCUAUGAGAAGAUCGACUUUGACAUGGCAGAGUACGCCAAAGAUGUCGGAAUAUGCAAACUGCUGCAUGACACCAAGGACCAAAUUCUGAUGCAUCGUUGGAGAUACCCAUCUCUGUCUCUGCACGGCAUCGAGGGAGCAUUCUCCGAAGCAGGGGCCAAAACUGUCAUUCCACGCAAGGUCAAUGGCAAGUUCUCCAUUCGUCUGGUGCCUGAUAUGGACCCCAAAGUGGUGGAGAAACUGGUAAUUACCCACCUGGAGAAGAAGUUUGCAGAGUUGCAAAGUCCCAACAAACUGAAUGCGUAUAUGGGACAUGGAGCCAAGGCCUGGGUGUCAGACUUCAACCAUCCUCACUACAUGGCUGGCAGAAAAGCCAUGAAGACCGUUUUUGGCGUGGAACCUGACCUAACCCGUGAGGGAGGGAGUAUCCCAGUGACUCUAACCUUCCAAGAAGCUACCGGACAGAAUGUCAUGCUGCUACCUGUUGGUUCCUCCGACGACGGAGCUCACUCGCAGAACGAGAAACUCAAUAGGUCCAACUAUGUUCAGGGCACCAAGAUGUUGGGAGCUUACUUCUAUGAAGUAUCUCAGCUUAGUUAACUGGGACUUCUGGUUCAACAUGACUAGGCUGGUGUAUUUUUAGGUGUCUGAAGAUAUGAAGAACUUUGAUAAGGGUACGGGUCUCUAAAGUGAUCCUAUCAUUUUAUUGUACGAUCUUUCUUCAGCCCUGGUGGCAUUCAUUUACUGGUGAGGAAAUAAAAAGUAAAUGGUGGCAGGCUUGUUUUAUUAUUACUGAGCCUUGUGACCUGAUGACAAUCUUAUGCGGUAGCACGUGACAGUAUGCAACAACAGCUUGAUGGCUCUUAGUUGGCAUUUUGCUAUUAAAUACAUUUACAGCACUUAUGUAUAUUUCCACCUGUUUUGCAACUCUCCUGCAGUCCAGUUCUCUCUAAAUGUGGUUCACCAAGCAUAUCAAGUGUUUGUGUAUGUCAGAAGAAAAAUGCCAUUUAAACCAAAAACACAUACGUUGCUGAUUUAGCUACAUGUAUCCCUGUCAGUCUGUCAACUCAUGUCUUAAUAUUUGAUUUUCAGAUAUGAUUCUUUUUAAUAUGGAAUAUGACAAUCUGUAAUCUGACAUAUGUUUUCAUAUAUAUUACAUAUGCACACCAAUAAAAUGCAAAUUACUUUUCCAAA